UUACACAUGUCUCUUUUGACUGUUUCUUAUAACAAUAUUCCAUGGAUGAUGAUGUUGUUGCCUUAACUUCUCCGUAAAUCAAUUUUCUAUCAUACAACAAACAAAUGUUACUAAGAAUCUUACUACUUUGUUCAGAUCAAAUGUAAUAUUCUCUUGUAGGGGACACAAAUCAAAUUAAAUCCACUUAACAUCUCUUUUUCCUUUUCUUUUUUUCUGCUUUUUUUAAGUAUAUCAAAAUAUUGAUUGUAUCGUAAGCUACAUGCUCUUUUAAUUCAUAUUUAUAUGAGACUUUUACUUUUUCAAUUCUGUUUUUGUGAGUAAUUGUUACAGAAUUGUGUUUUACAAAAAGGUGUCUAACAAAUAAAGCAUUUAGAUUUAAUAUGUGAUCCGUGUCCAUGAAUAAACUUGAUUGUUAUGGGGUGGUUGGAUUCACUGUUUGGAAAUGGACGCAAAUUCAUCAAAAGAAAAGACAGUGAUGCGGGCGAAACAGGUAAAGCACUGGAAGAACUAAGAUCUUCUCUGUACAAUGAGCUCCGGACAUCGGAAGGAGCCAAGCGACAACAACAAAGAUACUGUGGACCGGUGGUCGCAUUAUCGUUCAACUUCAUGGUUGCUGUUGGCAUCAUCAUGGCUAACAAAUUGGUGAUGGGAAGAAUUGGUUUUAACUUCCCAAUUUUUCUCACAUUUGUUCACUACGUCACCGCAUGGGUUCUGCUUGCAAUAUUCAAAACGAUAUCGGUGCUUCCAGUGUCUCCUCCAUCUAAAUCAACUCCAUUCUCUUCUAUAUUUGCACUUGGUGCUGUUAUGGCUUUUGCAUCCGGUCUUGCAAACACAAGCCUCAAGUAUAACAGUGUUGGUUUCUACCAAAUGGCCAAGAUUGCUGUUACUCCAACAAUUGUUCUAGCAGAGUUCAUAUUUUUUAAGAAAACCAUUUCUUUUAAAAAGGUUUUGGCUUUGGCUGCUGUAUCAGCAGGUGUAGCAGUUGCAACUGUAUCCGAUUUAGAGUUCAAUUUAUUUGGUGCUAUAGUUGCAGUUAUAUGGAUAAUCCCAAGUGCAAUAAAUAAAAUUUUAUGGUCUACUUUACAGCAGCAAGGAAACUGGACGGCUUUGGCAUUGAUGUGGAAGACUACACCUAUCACAGUCUUCUUCCUAGGAGCUUUGAUGCCUUGGAUUGAUCCACCAGGAGUGUUAUCGUUCAAGUGGGAUGUAAACAGCUCGUCUGCAAUUAUGAUAUCCGCUCUUCUUGGUUUUCUCUUACAGUGGUCGGGUGCAUUGGCAUUGGGGGCGACUUCUGCUACAACUCAUGUUGUUUUAGGACAGUUUAAGACUUGUGUCAUUUUGUUGGGAGGUUAUCUGUUAUUCGAUUCUGAUCCCGGGAUUAUUAGCAUUGGCGGAGCGGUUAUUGCUCUCACUGGAAUGUCGGUUUACACGACAUAUAAUUUGCAUGAGUCGCAGGAAAAUGCAACCAAGCAGCUUCCAAAGCAUAAUGCGCCUACACCAAAACAGAAACCAGCUAAUGAAGAAAACAAAGAUUUGAGUGUAAAUAUUACCAACAAUAACAUUGUUGUGUGAGUCAUAUAAUCUAUGACAGUGAGUGAAUACCACAACCAAAUUAUUCAUACAUUUGUUUUACAUUCUUUAGUUAGGCAAUUCAGGUCCAAUUCCAUUUUGCAGCAAUGUUUUUGUAUAGACAAAUCAAACAGUAAGAUCAUUUGAAGUGACAUUUUCUCAAAGUUUCAUUGUGGACUCC